AUGCCGAUCGAUGGGAUGGGUUCUGUGGUCGCGACGGUGAGCGGCUACCACGGCGACGAGCGGCACAGGCUCGUGAACCUCAUCGCGGAGACCGGCGCCAGCUACGUAGGAUCCAUGAGCAGGUCCAUCACCCACCUGGUGUGCUGGAGGCUCGAGGGGAAGAAGUACGACAUCGCGAGGAAGCUGGGGACUCGCGUCGUGAGCCACCGGUGGUUCACGGAGUGUCUCAGGGAGGGGAGGCGCCUCCCAGAGGACCCCUACUUGAUGGUAAGUGGUGAAGAAGCAGGGCCAGUCCCAGAGCUGCCUGCUCGUUCCCGUACACAAGGCAAGAAAAAAGCCAUCAUGGAGGACAGGGUUUUCCAAGAGUUACCUGAUGAUUUCUGGGACACUCCUCCAGCCAGAGCCAGCUAUAAAGUUAAGCUUGAUGAUUCUGAUUCUGAUUUUGAGUCUGCCCUACUAAAAGAAAAUUCUGUUGAUGAUGGGAAUUCUAAGAAAAAUCUUUCAUCAGUCGUUAAGAAAAGAAGAAAACGUAUGAAGCAUGUCAAUACAUCAGCGGACAGAGAUGUCUUAAACCUGCAGGACGAUGUGUCAUGUGUCAUGGCAAGACAGUGCCUUCAUGUGUCAAGUCAUACAAUGUCCCAGAGCACAUCAAAGCAGAAGGGAAACUUGUCACGGUUGCUUCACAAUGAAGUUCCUAUCAGGAUGGGAGAAAGGAACAAUCUUACUGAAAACUUUGAAAAUGAUAGUUUGUCUGACAGCUUCAGUGAACCUCAAACUUCAGAUAUUCUGUGUAUAGAAGCUCAAAGAAAGUUUACCAAGACAAGUGCGCCAUCAUCAUCACUUCGACAAAGUACCCUGGAUUCUCUAUAUGAAUUUGGUGAAACUAGUAGGCAUGAACCAGCAGGAAGAAAAGAACUAGACAACGUUGAAUUAAAGGAGACUUCAAGAAGCUUACUUCCAUUUGAUUUGUCAGGACAGGAACCAGCUUUCUGUACUCAGGAGCAAGUAGAUAAAUGUAGCCUUGGCAUUCUAGCUGAUGAUGAAAUGGGAUAUGAUAACGAACCCAUGGAAAAAUCAACUAAUUCAGAAACGCAAGCAGAAUUAUCAUGUGUCAUAUGCUGGACAGAUUUUUGUUCAACAAGGGGUAUCUUACCAUGUGGACAUCGAUUCUGUUAUUCAUGCAUUCAAGAAUGGGUGGAUUGUCUGGCUUCUAAGGGUAAAGUCUCAACAUGUCCACUUUGCAAAGCCAGUUUCACAUGGAUCAGUAAGGUGGACGAGGCAGGCACCUCAGAUCAGAAGAUAUACUCGCAGACCAUUCCUUGUGAAGCUUCUACUGAUGUUUUUGUGUUGGGCAAUGAAGGCUAUGAUUUCUCUCGAUCAACGGCUGGGCAAGGAGCAUGCUACCAGUGCCACUUCCGUGAACCUGAGGAACUUCUUCAAAGCUGCCAGAGAUCCGCGGAUGCUGUUUCACCGGUAUCGUUAGCCCCAAUUAGGAUACUCAUGUCAAAUUUUGCCAGAGGCCCGAUUGAGAUUGUUGAAGGAAAUUACUGUAUAUCAGAAGGCAUGAACGCCAUAUCGGCUUGUCUCACUGAAUAA